GAAUGUGGGUGGCUGGAGGUGCAGUCCAAUUGCUUCGGAAAAGUCGUGCUUUGAACAAUACACUAAGCCCCAAGACGUAAUGUAACCGACUGAAAGGUGUCAGAUAUUUUUGGGCAAGAAUCCGUUCUCGCUUCUGCUACGAGUCGUUUGGGUGCUCGUUGAAACUUCGAGGCCUGCUGUGUUAGCCUAGCCUCGUUUAGCAGCUAACAAAAAAGAACAAACAACUUGCCUGGGAUAAACACGUCACCUAACAAGUCAACAUCAAGUCCCAAAAUGUCAGAUAUCAGUCAAGCGCAUCAUCCAGAAUGCUUGGAGUCUGCUCGCAUGGAGGUAGCUGAAGAGUCGCCAUACAUCAUAAAGCUGGAGGAAGAAUUUGUCCACAUUAAAGAGGAGCAGGAGAAGUAUUUCAUUAGAGAGGAGAACCCUCACAUUGAGGAGCAGCAGCAACCUCAUCCCCUCAAAAAGGAGGAGGAGGGUCCUCCAUAUGUUAAAGUGGAGGUGGUGAACAUCCCCAAGUGGACAACUGAGCCGUUAAAGGAUAAAGAUGGAGGUCCAAGUGAGGCCAGCAGAGGGAAGGAGCCUCCGAAUGGCAGCAGCAGCAGAUCAAAAGAAGGGUCCCAAGCAGACAACCUCAUCGCUCGACCAUCAGAGAGUGACGACUUCACAUCACACUCGCUGUUCUAUCUAUAUGUCAGCCAUGCCCAUCGUCUUGAGCACCAGGAGUCUGCAUGCGUCAAGGGGGAGGUGGAAGAGUCGCCAUGCAUCAAGGAGGAAGAGUCCGUUCACAUUAAAGGAUUCAGAAAGUAUCUUGAUGCUGAGCCAGAAUCUCCUGGCAUUAAAGAGGAUGUGGAGCUCCCCCAAAUCAAAGAGGAGGAGGAGCCUGAGCCCUGUCAACAGGAGAGAGAAGAACACCUUCCAAUCAAAAAGGAGGAGGAGGAGGAGCUGCCAUAUGGUAAAGAGGAGUUAAACGAGGUGCAUAUCACCAGGUUGACUGGUGAAUCCUUGAAGAGUGAAGAUGGUCCAAGUGAGGCCAGCAGAGGGGCGGAGUCUCCAAGCGAGGGGAGUAGCAGCAGUUCAACAGAAGGGUUGCAAGCAGACAUUGCUCCAUCAGACAGAGAUGGCGCCAAGGUACACUUACCUUACAAUGAUGACUGUCAUAAGACAUCUCACGGUGACAAUAAACUCCGCAAAUGCUCUCAGUGUGGGAAAACCUUUGCUACUAAGCAAAGUUGUCGUAGGCAUAUGAGGAUCCACACUGGCGAAAAACCUUUUUCCUGCUCAGUUUGUGAUCAAAGAUUCACUUAUCAGUGUGCCUUAAAUCGACACACAAGAACCCACACUGGCGAAAAACCUUUUUCCUGCCCAGUUUGUGGAAAAGGAUUCUGGUCAAAGAGAGAACUAAUAAGUCACACAAGAACCCACACUGGAGAAAAACCUUUUUCCUGCUCAGUUUGUGAUCAAAGAUUCAAUCAUCAGUGUGCCUUAAAUCGACACACAAGAACGCACACUGGCGAAAAACCUUUUUCCUGCUCAGUUUGUAGAAAAGGAUUCUUGUCAAAGGGAGAACUAAUAAUUCACACAAGAACCCACACUGGAGAAAAACCUUUUUCCUGCUCAGUUUGUGGUCACAGAUUUGCUCACAAGCAAACAUUAAAACGACACACAAGAAACCACACUGGCGAAAAACCUUUUUCCUGCUCAGUUUGUGAUCAAAGAUUUGCUCAGAAGCAAUCCUUAAAACGACACACAAGAACUCACACUGGCGAAAAACCUUUUUCCUGCUCAGUUUGUGGAAAAGGAUUCUCUACGAAGGAAGAACUAAUAAUUCACACAAGAACCCACACAGGAGAAAAACCUUUUUCCUGCACGGUUUGUGAUCAAAGAUUUCCUCGGAAGCAACACUUAAAAAGACACACAAGAACCCACACUGGCGAAAAACCUUUUUCCUGCUCAGUUUGUGGAAAAGGACUCUCUUCAAAGGUAGAACUAAUAAUUCACACAAGAACCCACACUGGAGAAAAACCUUUUUCCUGCGCGGUUUGUGAUAAAAGAUUUCCUGGGAAGGUAUACUUAAAACGACACACAAGAACCCACACUGGCAAAAAAUCUUUUUCCUGCUCCAUUUGUGGUCUAGGAUUCGCACAUAAAACAACCUUACAAACUCACGAAAGAAUCCACACUGGUGAAAAACCUUGUUCCUGCUCUGUUUGUGGUCAAAGAUUUGCGCAGAAGGAUUGGAUAAAGAGACACGUGUGUCUUGGUGUGGGAAGCAGUCGCUAUUGACUGUUUUGCCUGUCAUCCGUGCUGGCUUUAUGAGAUUUUGCAUGCCAGACGAUUGUAUUCCGUUGAGGUUUCUUAAAUUCUGUUGAGGAUUGGCACUUUUGGCACCUUGCUUUGUCUAAUUGUUGUAUGAUGUGCAUCCACCCUAUUGCCAAAACCUCACCUGUUGAACUCUCUCAAGUUAAGUAGCAUUUUUUGUAUAAUACUCUCCCUUUUAAACUGUACUUUUCACAUAUAUUAUUUGAAACGACAGACCCCAAAUUCUUAAAAUUCAAAAUCAUACAUAAUUAAUGUCAUUAAAUAAAUAUGGAAAAUUCGGAUAUAUUGUUCAAUUUUGCAAAAUAAUAAUAAAAGAAGUACUGGCUCACAAAUUAGUUUUCUGCGGUGGGAUUAAUGUAUAUUGUGUUGAAUUGUGGUAUAUAUAUAAAUUUGCCUUGCCUUGCCUAUAUUUCAUUUCUAAAAAACUCUAUUACAUUCCUACUCGUGAUUGACAGAGGCAUGUUACAACAGAGUAUGAGGGCCUCAUAAAGGGUGUUGGGGAGAAAAUAAAAUGUUUUGGUGCAUCAUUUUUGUUAAAAAAAAUUAAUAAUCACUGUAAUACAUAAAAUGCACCAAAAAAAUAUAUUUAACUUUAGACACUAAAUUUAUGUUGAAAAUGUUUGUGUUUGUUAAUAACAUGGUCACCACCUGACACCUUGCUUGCUACAAGGGGCACGUUGAAUAAGGCGCUAUUGGAACGGAAAAGUUCACUGUUGACAGAGGAGGCGUAAACAGUGACAUUUUCUAAAAUUCAAUUGAAGG